UCGAAUUUUGCAAAUUACGUGAUAUCCCGGCCGUUUACACCGUUGGAGCUUCAAACCGGAACCACAACUGAACCCGGUCGACUAACCUGAACCCCGAACUCCAAAUUGUGGGCUGAGGCGGUGACUGUAGACUCUAGAGAUACCCAAGCGGCCAAUAAAAAUGGCCCUACGCCACCUCACUCCUCUCUCUCCUUUCACAACUCUCACUCGCCGUCUUCCGUCGUUCCCCACCCUUUCCUCCACCACCUCACGCCGCUACAACCGAUUUUCAUUUUCAGUAAUGGCGUCCGCCUCGCGAAAGGUGCUUGUUCCAAUUGCUAACGGAACGGAGCCGAUGGAGGCUGUGAUUACCAUCGAUGUGCUCCGUAGAGCUGGCGCCGACGUUACCGUCGCUUCCGUUGAAAAGCAGCUCCGCGUCGAUGCUUGCCACGGUGUUAAAAUCGUCGCUGAUGCUCUGAUUUCUGACUGUGUUGACACCGUAUUCGAUCUUAUUUCACUGCCUGGAGGAAUGCCAGGUGCAUCCACUCUAAAAGACAACAACACACUGGAGAACAUUGUGAAAAAACAAGCUUCAGAAGGUCGACUCUAUGCUGCAAUAUGUGCAUCUCCUGCUGUUGCACUUGGUUCAUGGGGCCUACUCAAGGGCUUAAAAGCAACUUGCUAUCCAGCUUUCAUGGAGCAACUAUCAUCAUCUGCAACCACAGUCGAUUCACGAGUCCAACAAGAUGGAAAAGUCAUCACUAGCAGAGGUCCAGGAACCACCAUGGAAUACUCUGUAACACUUGUAGAACAACUUUUUGGAAAAGAGAAAGCCAAUGAAGUUUCUGGACCACUGUUAAUGAAUCCGAAGCAAACUGAUCAAUUCAUUGUGACUGAAUUGAAUAAGCUACAAUGGACAUGUGCCUCUACACCUAAAAUUUUGGUACCAAUUGCGGAUGGUUCAGAGGAGAUGGAAGCUGUUAUGAUCAUUGAUGUUCUUCGAAGGGCAAAAGCGGAAGUUGUGGUUGCAUCAGUUGGUGAUAAUCUUGAAAUUGUGGCUUCACGUAAAGUGAAAUUGGUUGCUGACAUGCUUCUUGAUGAAGCUGCUAAGCUUUCAUAUGACCUAAUUGUGUUGCCAGGUGGACUUGGUGGGGCCCAAGCAUUUGCAAAAAGCGAAACACUUGUAAAUUUGCUAAAGAAGCAGAGGGAGUUGGAAAAAUACUAUGGAGCAAUUUGUGCUUCCCCAGCUCUUGUCCUUGAGCCCCAUGGAUUACUCGAGGGAAAGAAGGCAACGGCUUUCCCGGCAAUGUGUGAGAAACUGACGGACAAAAGUGAAGUGGAAAGCAGAGUGGUGGUUGAUGGUAAAGUUGUAACGAGCAGAGGGCCAGGGACAUCUUUGGAAUUUUCAUUGGCGAUUGUGGAGAAAUUAUUGGGUCGUGAGAAAGCUUUGGAGAUUGGUAAGGCAAUGUUGGUUGUGUAAUCAGUAAUGUAAGUUUAGUUGCAUGCUUUGUGAUAUGUAUGUCAAUUGUCAAAAGUCAAAACGAGUUGACCUAAUAAAUGUUUUCGUUACUUGUAUGAUAAAGCCAAAGGUGCUGUUAUAAUGAAGGUAACUCUUGAGUUUC